AGUGCAGUAGCGAUGGUCAAUUGUGUUUUUAACUGAUUCGCUACACAAAACACGGUCAAUUUUUAAGUUUAGCAAAUAUUUGCACAAAACUACAGAAAGUGACAAGCCUCCUUCUACGAACAUGGACAAACUACCGAUUCGGGACCCGACGAUCAACCUUGUGCCGACUAGUGAAUUACGAAAAUUCAUCGGCUCCUUAAAACUAACCCCAUCAACACCGGAUAACAUUAGGAAAAUUCAUACGGCGUUCAACACCAGCAAGGGCAAAAAGGAAUCCAAGCCAGCGAGCCGAAAGGAUGACGCUACCAAUGACCUACCGGCCGUGGUGGGUUUUACCGAGAAAGAGCUUGCUUUUAUAAAACAACAUGUCACAGACAGCGCGAGUGCACGGGACGGGUUGGAACACGCAAAUUACACACUGCAGCACUCCAAGAAUGGGACCGAUCCCCGCCCGAAAGGGGCCACUGGGAAUGUGCUGAAAGUUGACGACAUAAAAUGGCUUUACGCUGCGUUGAAACAGAUGCGACAGUCCGAUCCAGCUACACCGUACUUACAUACAUUGCUGAGCGGAUGCCAGAUGGAGCUUCCGAUAAAUCCCAUACAAGAGCGAAACCCUGUACUAGAGGCACGAUGUCAGCGUCUCAGAAAGGAGCAGGAGGAUCGCGAAUACCAUAGAAUGACAAAGAAUGUCGAUAGCGUUCGGAAACAUAUGCCGGAAGAGACGAUAGCUUAUCAGAUGAAACAAAUCAACAGGCACCUGAUUGCUGUAGCCCAAUUCGUCUUCUCCGUAGCAGCUGGAUUCGCGUUCGGGUUCAUCGGCAUUGAAUUGAUCAUUGGUCAGCUUGAUUUCGGCUUCCGACUACUGCUAGGCAUAAUCAUCGCGCUGAUAAUUGCUUUGGCGGAGAUUUAUUUUCUGGCGAAAAAACUUAAUGAGGAAUACGAGCUACCGCCACCGCCAGCCAUGUACUCUAAAGAAGCUCCGUCCGGCGUUGCAAAACCCAUACCCGGCAGUGGCAUGCCCAAAGGUCCCAAAGGGAAAGAGCACAGCGAGUAAAGCCAUUC